AACUCCCAGUAGGCAACGGGAUUGCAAAAGAGAGCAUGAUGGGAAAUGUAGGACUAGCUUCUUCCACCCGAAAUAGGAAGCGGAGGAGACUGUAGUAACAAUGGAAAGAAGACCCGUGCCUCUGUUGCUGCCUAAGGGAUGGUCUUCUUGUGGAUGCUAGGAGGAGCCCAAGGAAGGAAGUAAUGGGUGAGCCAAGAGGCAGCAAGCAUGGCCAGGCAUGGGAGGAAUGCAAAAGGCACCCCUACUGCUGCUGCUGCUGCUGCAGAUAAUGAUGGUGAUCAUCAUCCCUAAAUGGAUGCCUGUGUCUUGAUGGGGAGUAACUUCAAAGAAUACAGGAAAAGUGAGAUGCAUACUGUCUAAAUGCUAAUACUGGUUGCUAGUGUGUGUUUGCUGAUGAAUGAAAAUGAAGAAAGAAAAUCUCAUUCUGAGCACAAUUAAAAGAAAUCUAUAAAAGUGAGAAAGGAUGCUUCACUUAAAACGUUUUUACCCAUUUGGACUGAGGCAUUGCUGUUGUCGAACUUGGAGUAGUGACCCUUUGUUGAGCCAGCUGAAUAACUGCACAAAUGAAGACCAAGUCUUUGAUCUUGUUGGAAAGAACAAAACAAAACUUUCUGAAAAACAUGUGGGAAGUGCAAUUAACAUACUUUGGCAUUUUCAAAAGUGGAAACCUGAGCUCCUGAGGAAUACUGAUUACAUAAAAAGCCACUCCCAGUUUCUUACUCUUCGCAUUUUAGCAGAGAACAAGAUUGCAUAUAUGGAUAAUGAAACACUAGUGGACAUGCUCUACCAUAUACUCAGGUUCAAAGUGGAGGCACAUGAUUCAUUGGUACAAGAGCUGGUCAUGGAAGGUUGGAGAAGAUUAGAUGGAUUGAGUCUGCCUGCACUAUCUAAGUUUGCACUAUGUUUAAAUGAGCAACAAAUGUACAACAGUCCUCUCAUGGGACAUAUAGCUGAUAUUGUGAAUAGGAAUUUGGAUUCCAUAGAAGAUACAAGGAUUUUGUCAGUUUUGAUGGUCAGCAUAUCUGGCAUUAUCUCCCAGAAUUUCCGAGAUCGGUUAAUACAGAAAGCAGAGUUUGCUCUGGAAACCAUGGAAUUUAUCCUUUUGAACCAUGCCAGGAGAUUUGUACAGUUUCUUCGGAAUGUGAAACUACCACAUCGCCCAUUGCUAUAUAAAUGUAAUAAAGUUUUUCUUCAGAAGGCCAACCAGCUAAAUAUUGAAAAUUUGAGUAUCAUCCUUGGACUCUACCAGUCUUUACAAUUCAACAACACUGAAUUUAGAUUAAUUGCUAAGCAGAAACUGACUGAAAUGAUGGAUGAUUGCAACAAUCCUUUGAGCUUUACUCGACUGUUUGUUAGUCUUGCACCUAUGGCAGGACCAGAGGUCAAAGAACAGUUAAUAGAAACUGCUUUACUCAUGGCAGAUGAGUUUGACCACCACCAAACAUUAGCAGUGGCAGAAACUAUGCAAGAAAUAGAAUGCAGAAAUUCACAGCUAAUUCAAAAAAUUAUAUCCCUUCUUCAUAAAUAUUUGGAUAUGUAUAGACCAGUUGAGCUGACCAAAGUGGCACAAUCCCUAGUGACAUUACGUUGUCCCAAUCCUGAUCUUUACUCCAAAUUACAGAGGUUGAUAAUUGGCUGCUUACAAAUUAGCAUCACCGGCGAUAUUUCUAUGCUAACCCUGUUCUUUCCAUGCUUCCUCAUCAUCCAUGGAUGAUGUUUUGUAGUCACACGAAUUGAUGCCAUUUCUCAGUGCAACCUGAGCGAUUUGAAUUCCUUUGCCACUGCUGUCAUUAAAUGGGUUCGACGUGACCAGUCAAGUCAACAAAGUCCUUCUGGACCAUGUGGACAACUUUGCAAAAAUAACAAUUGUGCAUUUCAGCGACUUCAGAAAGCCAAUGAUUUGGACCUUCUGUUAGAGGUGAAAUAUAUAUCUGGAGAGUGGUUUGAAGAAAUGCUUCUUGAAGAAAACUAUGAUACUCUUCAGCGUUUGGUGGACUAUGUGACGUGGGCAAAUGUAGAGUUUUCAUCUUUCCUCAUAAAAACCAGCUACCUCUGCCACCAACUAUUGUUAUAUGCCACCUGUGAUUUGUCAAAGAUUUACAAUUCAGGAACGUAUUCUCUUCUUCUUCCCUUUGCUGUUUUAAAUUAUGAUCCUCCUCAAGGUGAAAAGUUUUUUGAAGUUUGCAUUGGACACUUCAGCCCUCGGAUAGAUUCUUUUGAACCUCAUCUUCUUGUGCUGCUUGGUUUUGCUUUGGCUAUUGCUGAGUAUUUUCCAGAGACUGUGAUAAAGGCAAUAUUUAAUGUUGAAUUCCUAACCAAAUUGGAUACCCAGCUUGAAACACUACCAGAUGCCUUAAACAGGAGAGUCCGCUUACGGCUGAUGGAACUGAACCGAGCAGUCUGCUUGGAGUGUCCAGAACUUCAAAUCCCAUGGUUUCAUGACCGCUACUGUCAGCAGCUGCAGAAAAAAAGCAAUGGUAGUCUCAGUGCAUUGCAACAGCAGAUUCACAGACUGCUGGGAGAAAUCUUGGGAGGAAGCCAUUUUGCCAAGGUGUCUGUAUUCACUCCUUACUGCUACGGAAUUGACUUUGAAUGUAUUCUUGAUAAAAACAAGAAGCCUCUUCCAUAUAUGGACCAGAAUGUUGUCGUAGCUGACUUGGAGAGGGUGCACUGGGGACAAGAUGGCCAGUUCUUGGGAAAGAGAGGACUACCACCAGGCGCUCAGAGAAUUGCGAUAGAAUUUCUUGAUUCAAAAGCCUUUUGCAAAAACUCAAAUCACCAAAAGGGAGAAACUGCUAUGAAGAAGAGACAUUUGGAGAUCCUGGGCUACCAAGUUGUUCAGAUCCCUCAUUUUGAAUGGAAUUCGAUGGAAUUGUCAUCAAAGGAUGCAUGGCUAGAGUAUCUAAAGAGGAAAAUAUUUGAGAAGCUCUGAUGGCAUUGUGCAGAGGACUGAUAUACAAUCAUGAAGCUAUUUUAAAUGGACUAUUAUCAUGGCAUUUUAAAUGUUUUUAACAUUAAAAACGU